AUGUCAUCUGGACAAUCGUCUAGGCAGAGAUCAAGGUCCACCAGGUCUUCAGCAUCACAUUCACAAUCACACGAGGGCAGACGAUUAAACAGCAGAGGCUCAGCGCGAGCAACACCUCCACCGGUCACGCUGACUCCGGAGAACACCCACCAAGAGUUCGAACCAUGCGCUGCCACAGCGUCCUUCCUCCUGUACGCCCAGCGCAACCGCAUCCUCGUGCUCCAUCAUGACACCCUGUCGAUCGAACGAAGGUUAGACCUACAUAUCGAAGAUGUGCUAUGGAUCGUUGUGGACAAUGUCAGCGAAAGAGGGUCUGGGAGAUUGGCAGUCAGCUUCGAUGCUGGAAAGACGGCCAUUGUAUGGGAUAUCCUUAGCGGAGCAGAGGUCUCGCGAUUCUCUGCUUAUGAGCAUAUGAAAGUCGCUGCUUUCAUGCGUAACGGCAACAUCGCAUUUGGCAACGACCAGGGCAACAUCAUCUUGUUCGAGCCAUCGACGUCAGAACACAUCUCAGCUCGCACGAUUUUCGAUCCUAUUACAGCAAUCGCACCUGCUGCUGACUGUAGAACAUUCGCCAUCGGCUACCUCAAUGGUUCAAUACUCAUCGCGACACUCCAGCCGUCGUUCACGAUCCUACAUACACUGAACACAAAUCGUGCGCCUUCCAAGAUUACAGGCUUGGCAUGGCACGGCUCGUCGUCGAGGCAGAAGACUGAUAUGCUUGCAUCGCAAACAUACGAUGGCGAUCUGCGAGUGUGGAGCGUGCCAAAGGAAGGCGGUGAUGUUCCAAACAUCAUAAGAGUCUUGCAGUGUUCCGAAGUUCCAGUACCCGGAGCAUGCUGGUUUGCCUGGUCAAAGAAUGGUCGCCUCAUACAGUACUGUGAUGGUGAAACCCGAGCUUGGGACGUUCGCACGAAAAAGGUUACUUACGACAUAAUACCGACUAUCGAUGGUGUGGUGGGCAUAGCAAACUAUGGUCCAAGUGCAACGUUGUUCACACUAGGUCGCAACCACACAGUUCAACAGUACGACAUCAACCCGAGCAGUGUCCCAUUGCAAGUGGCGACAGCGCAGCAUGUGCCCGCCAAUACUCCACCAACACCCCCAACAACACUCGAAGAUCGGAGCAAGAUACAGGCCGAAUCAGGUGCCAGUCAACCUUACACCGACACAGAAAGCAGUGCCGAUGAAAGCACGAAUUUGUCUCCGCUGCAGAAGAUUGCACGGGAAAUGGAGUCUCUUGAUGCGCUAGAAUCAGAGAUACGUGACAAGGUGAUGCCAUUAAGCUCUCGGUCGAGCAACGCUGGAUCCAUCAGCUCAGGUGGUUCGAGUCACAAAGGUCGCAGACAGCGCAAAUACCUAUACGAUCGUCCAGACUCCUCCCGCGCAUCAACGAGCACCGGAUUCGAUGGCACCGAGUUCUCCUUUGGACCGCCUCCCAAAACUGGGCAUGAGAGCAUGUCAAUCCGAUCGACGACAUCAUGCAACUCUCAGGCGCCAGCACCAGCACCUUCCCUCCACAACAGGCGGCCCUCAUCAGGCUUACGCAAGGAGAUUCUCCAAAGUCCAGAGGAGAAGCAAGAUGGUGCGCCAUUUGAGUUGUUCCCGUGUGUCAAGGCUACACUGCGACAAGUUGCCUUCCGCACGCCACAUUACGGUGAGACUGCUCGUACGCCAGAGCUUCUGCAACGCGAAAUGCUCAGUGUUGUUUUCGGAUGGAACGAUGAUGCACGUUCCUUGGUACAUGAGGAACUUUCCCGUCACGGUGCUGGUUCUACGAACGGUGUUCUUCUAUCCAGAUGGCUCGGUGAUAUCAGCGCCGACCAGAUGGCUGCAUUGAUUGGAUCGAAAUCCAUGACCUCGUCAGACUGGAUGCUUCUCGCUUUGAGCUCGAUUGGACCGGACUCUCAAAAGAAAGCCAGCGAAGCUUUCAUCCAAAGAUUGCUCGAGAAGGGCGACAUUCACCCUGCUGUCGGCAUUCUGGUGGGCAUAGGAGAGAUCGACGAGGCCAUCGAAGUAUACGUCUCUCAGUCAGCCUGGAUGGAAGCCGUGCUGCUCAUCUGCCUGUACCGCGGCCACGACUGGCAGAGGACUUCCUGGCUACUUCGCAAGUGGGGCGAGAGUGCUGUCAUGAACGGCGAGGCAGAGCUGGCUGUACGAUGUUUCUCCUGCACGAGUAUAGAGACAUCAGCACCAUGGACAUCGCCCAGAGCCCAAGACGCUUGCAAUGUGGCACAGCACGAGCAACGAAGCCAGCCGCAAAGCGCAGGAGCCUUGUCAAGUCCUACCUACUCAUUACCCUCACGCUCUGGAUCUGGACGUUUGACACAAAAGAAUGCGUCGCUCAAGCUUAUCACUAGCUUUGGUGACAGAGGUGCUCCGUUGCAAACCAAUAUCAGGGAGCCCGGCAGUGCGAUAGAUCCGGCAACUGUAACCGCUGGAGUAACACCAAUUGGUGUUUCGGCUUUUCCAAUGUCACCAGGAGGACUUGAUCCAUUCAAGAACAAUUGGGUACGUACUGCUCGUGAUCCCACCUCCGCCAAAACAGCCACCCCGGGUGGAUACACAAGGAAGAAGCGUUUGCCGUCGAGACACGAUAUCGAACGUGCGAAACAGGAAGUCGUCGAGAUGGCUACACCGCUGACGGCAGCUCGCGACUUUGGUGGUGCUGAUGCUGCGUCACAAUCGGGUAGCAAGCGAUCGAACUCGGUGGGGAGUGUGCCCGAGCCUGCCACUGCCCUUCGUCCCAACACAUACGAUGCCGAGAAGUUGGCACCUCGCACGUUUGGAGAGCGAGCAGACCACCUGCCAUCACCAGCUCACAGUGCAUUCACUAGGCUCAGACAAGAGUCGCGCAAUCGCGGAGCCUCUAGAGAACGCAAUCAUGAUCGGUUGGCAGUCCAAGUCGUGCCGACGGUCUUCACUGACGAACUGUCGCCUACUAUGGAACGGAAUGAGGCCAUUGCGCAGAAUCGAACGGGCACUCUGAGCCCUCCACUCACUGGAGGAAGCUCCAAAGCCAGUGUGAAAUCCGCGAGGGCGACCGAUGAGUAUGUGAGCAGUGUCGAAGAGGCACGGAAUGUAGCUCGGCACGAGCGUGCAGAGAGUCGUCGAAGGACUGAAUCUCGAAAACCAGGCGAAAGCCGCUCCGGACGCACCAGAAGCCGCAUGCGAGAAGCCUCCGAGAAUCGCGGGUGCGACGUGAGGUAUAUCAAGCCUGCGAAGCGAUCGCCAUCUUCACCAGUGUCAAUGUCUCCAGAAGAGCUUGCAAAAGCACAGGCAGAGAAGUCUGAAGCAGCCACCACCGACGACGAGAACUUCUACAAGGUCGCCAGCCCCAUGAUGUCUCCAGUCGAAUCGCACAAGAGUGCCAGAUCUGGCAAGUCCGAUCCACGUGCUCGAAGAAGGGCGUCAGAGGACAAGACGGCAAUUCAACCACCACGUACUUCCAGCAGAGCGCCCCCCGAAGCACCGAAGGCUGAUACAAGCGGACGCGGCAGAAGCCAAACACGCACUCCAGGGCCUACGACAAGAUCACCUUCAUCUCCGUUACCAGUGCUUUCGGACAAGGCCUUUGUUCCGGAGGAAGAAACGCAAAGUGACGGCCAGCGCUUUCGCCUACGGACUCAAAGUGCUAGUCGCAAGGCGGGCGAUGAUCUACAGGCUCGCAGGGAGGCAAGUCGCACAAGGAGAGAACGAUCCACAAGCCGUAAGCCACCACGCAGGGAUGACUCCGAGUAUGGCAUUGCAACACAAGCAAUUCCAGAGGACGGCUACCUACCACAAGGAUCUCUCGCAUCGAUACCAUCUUCUAUCAACACGCACUCGACAGACAGCAAAAACAGCGGCCUCAGCAGAAAGGAGCUUGCAGCACAGGAGCUCGAAGAAAGGCGUUUGUCGCUUCUUCGUAGACCGUCCGCGCCUCAGGUCCCACAUCCAGGCCAGUUGCAGACCCAAGGACUCGCCAGACCAUCGCUGGCGCCACGAUCUAAUACCGACCUUGGAGACAGUCCCACUUCGUUUGGAAUAAUUCGAUCUCACACUAUAGAUGCCGACCAAAUGCAGAAGUAUGGCAGGAUCACUGGCACGUCCACACCUUCAGCGCCCAUUGGUCUGCCGGCGACUCCCAGGGCCAUGAGACAUCCGAAGUACAUGAGCUCCGACCCCAGCGACGACAUCCCUACUGUACCAGACAUACCUGGGAAGUUCAGCGAUCUGUCUCUGUCUGGUAGUAGCUUGAGUCAAGUCACUGGCUCCGCUCUGAGUCAAGUAUCCUCUGUCGUCUCGACUAACCCUCGGUACUCGUAUGGCAUGCAAUCUUCGAACCAGAUACCGAUCUCGUCGAGCAUGACCUCGGAGACGAACGAUUCUCUGGGACCACUUCUCCCGUCCAGUGUCUUCACUGCGGGCAGCAAGAGCAGUGGAGGACCUCGCUCGGCUACCGCGCCUCCGGAAAGCACAUCAGCGCCCGUUCAUCCUGCAUACAAGUCUGGCCUGUCGUCGACCGCCCGCCGUCUGUCUCACGUCCGCAAAAUCUCACCUCCCGAUGUGAUGCUAUCCACAGAGGGCGCACAGGACUACAGCAUAGAGGCCGCCCUCUACAGCCCUGAUGCAAACGGGGUCAUCAUAAUCCCAGAGACUCCAGUGACUGACGAGCCAGCAUCGGUCAUGCCUGAGCUGCAGCACCUCGCCAUGCCGCCUCCGCCUCCGCCGCCUCCGUCAAUGUUCUCACAGCCAUCAAGUAGCGCGUCUGGCAUGAUCAGUAUUGCCAUUGACGAGAACGCUCCCACAAGCGCGGUCGAGACCCACGCUCCUGCCUUACCACAAGCACCACCAAUUCCACAGCCAAGAUCUGCAACGUCCUCGCCAACAGCACAUCGCCGCAACCAAGGCAGUAUCAGCGAAGGCUUUGGCGCCCGCUUCCGUGGUCUAGGUGAUCGCAUGCGCAGCUCUUCACGCAACCGCACAAAGUCGCCUCAAACCGACAAGGGCGUGGCGCCAUACGAGAGCUUCCCAAUGCCGACGCAGACUCAUCCCGCGGAACGACAGCCAUCAGGCCCAGCACCGUACGAGAGUGUCCAGAUGCCAAACCGUGCUCAGUCACCGUACGAACAGGCCAUGGCAGCACAAAAGGGCCGAGACCGCAGACCAUCUUUUGGUGUACCAGCGUCCCCACAGCAGGGCCUGAAUGAGCAAAGCAUCCCUCCCAACAGUCUACCCGGAAGCCGAAAUGGAUACAGGAACCCGAAAGAGAUUCGCGCGAACAUGCCCCCUGACUAUGUGCAGCAUGGAGUGUAUCCUCCCGGCGGUGGGUUCCUCUAA